CCUAUGCUUCUGCACGGUGUACGGGACGCCUCCUUCCUUUGGUUUUUUUUUGCUAGUUUUUCUUUCGUCGUUUGCCUUUCUUUCGUUCUUUACGUUGUUUUUCUUGUUUACCCAAAAUUUUAUUUUGCAAUGGAAGAAGAAAAAAGGAAACUCUACAAUGCCAGAAAAAGAGAAAAGUAUCGCAGCAGUGACAAGUGCAAGAAAUUCGUUUGGACAGAGCCAGAUUCUGAUGAUUCUUUGGAAGUGGGAAAAAAAGAAAGGAAAAGAAAAGCUGCGGAUCGAAAACGGAUUGAGGAUAAAGACAGAAGUCGUGGGAAAGUACUGGCAUCAGCACCGCACCCUUACGUUGAUCAUGAAGAGGUAGUAAGCAAUGUUGUAGAAAAAAAAAAUACCACAGUGACAGAGGAUCGAAGGAGUUUGAACACUUCAAGAGAAGCUCCACUACCUAGUCAUCGCUAUACCUAUUCAAGACCCGGUGGUUUGACACAGGAUUUCUGUGAAGCAGAAAUCUUUGAAUCUGUAAUGCAACAGACUGAUAGAACCAACGAAGUUGGUUGUCUAUCUGAAUGGAAGAAAAGAAAGGCAUCCCAAAAGAAAAAAUGGAAUGAAAUGAGACCUGUUUACGCUGAAGCUCGUACAUCUAUUGAAUGUCCAGAUUUUAAUUGUUGUGCUAUUUGCUGUAGCUCAAUCAGCAACUUUGCUGUGUGUUGUAUCACAUGCAAAAGGGAAAUCUGUGUUUCAUGUGACAAGGAUUUUCAUGUCUCCCGUCCCUUUCAUCAAAGGACAUUUUACAUCAAGGAUGCAGUUGCAUCCCGUAAGCUGUUGCCUAGCAGCUUCGUUGACCGCGAUACCUAUGAAGUCAAUGCUCAAGGAAUACCAGUGCCAUGUCAGGUCCCUUCCUCCUGCCCCUCUUGUUUAAAGUCCGGGGCAUUGCGUCUGAAAGCGGGUAGUAAAGACAAAUAUGUUGUCACGUUAGAUGGCCGAUUCGACCUUAGUGCAACAAUCAUUACCUGUUCUAAUUGCAAUUAUUCGAAAGAAUUGAUGGAGAUCGAUUAUCUUCAUUCCCGUUGGUGGCCUGGUGCCGUAACUGGUUCCAGUUAUCUAUUCAGCGAAUCGCUGUUGGAGUUCUGGUGGAACUUAAAUCAUCAAUAUUUAGGUGCAUCAACCAACAAGUUCAUUGCCACCUUGAAUCGAAUGUCAAUAGCAGCUGGAAGGAAUGACACAAUUGAUGUGACUAUUUUCGAUAAAGCAAGUCGUGAGUACCAAGUGUAUCAUCAUGAAGUAGACAUUGGCAUUCGUCUACUAGACCUAACAAAAUGCCCCUCCUGCGGAGAUCCAGCGGACGACCCUGUACAUCCUCUUCAAACCGAAGAUGGAGUUGGGAUUAAAAAACGCCAUGCAUGUCUUGAUGGAAAUUUAAAAGUACCACGCCUUGAUUCUGCAAGUUGUGGGGAUGGUCAAUCUCUUCUUGGUGAUGCGGUUAUUGCUCCAAAUUGGAGAGUAAAUGAACACAUUUCAACUAUAAACACGAAUAUUGACCAGGGCCAGCGAAUAAAUCCGUGUGGAGGCGGUAUCUGGCAGGCAGCCAAAGAAACAUCAGUUGCUAAAAAAAAUUACAAGGAAACUGAACUUUUCAUUUCUUGUUGUCGUCACCUAAUGGUGUUGCUGGCAGUCAACAUGUUCGUGGGUGAAACAUACCGCCACGCCCACUUUUUGCAUGAAAAACUGUACGAAAAAGGAUACAGGGGACUAUCAGUGAAGACUUCAAAAACCGCUUUGCCCAUCUGA